CUGGAUCGGAUCGGAUCAUACCAAUCCGGUUAUCAUAAUAUUUAUAACCGGCCGGCCAGAUCAAAAUCCCAAUUGAGAUCUAACUCUGAAGUCUUCAACAAUACUAAAGCGAGAACGACGAAGCGAGCGGUCCAGUUUCGAAAGGAAUUUGCUCUCUCAAGGUAUAACUCAAGUCUAACAACAAUGUCAGGCAUUCACGGGAGUCAUGAUUCAUGUCCUUUGGUUAAGAACAUUCUUCUUCUAGACUCUGAAGGGAACCGUGUAGCUGUCGAGUAUUACUCGGAUGACUGGUCAACUAACGCCGCCAAGUUAAGUUUUGAAAAAUAUGAAUCCUCGAAGACCUCUAAGACCAAUGCUCGCACAGAAGAUAUCAAAGAUCCAGAGCAUACUGAGCUUUCUCUGGAGGAGCUCCAUGUGGUUACAGAAGAAUCUGUUGAAGUUGAUAAUGACGAGAGUUACGUUAGAAUAACAUUCACUCCAACCGUUCCUCAUUGUCACAUGCCAAAAAUUAUUGGUCUUUGCAGCUACGCAAUACUUCUACAAAGCCUUCCUCCUCGAUUCAAGGUUGAUGUAAGAGUAACACCAGGAAGUCACGCAGAUGAGGCUGCAGGUACAAAACAUCCUUAG